UUUGCCAGUCAAUGUCAAGGCUUUUGUCUAAAGAAACAUUGGUCUUACGAUGUGAUCUUCAAUUUGAUUGGCGUCCAUUAUAUGAUUUAUAUGUCAGGGUGUUUUUCAAAAAUUUUGAUGAGGAUGCAGUCUCUGACAACUUAAAAAAAAUUCUCGAGACAACAAUUGUUGAGUGCACAAGAUUUUUUACUGAUUCAGCUACUAAGGAAAUUCUUGCUGAGGUUAUUGCUUUUUAA